AUGCCGCAGGAAGGAGAGCUCCCCCUGGUCCGCUCUCUGAACAGCAGGAUCCCGGUCACCGCUGUGUUCUGUAACUUCACUUCUCGGGUUGUAAGACCUCUGUGGAUAGACUUCCAUGGAGAACCACAGCCUUACAACGACCUGCAGCCGGGCACAGGCAGGAAGAUUAGCACCUUCGUGGGUCACCCGUGGGUUUUCAGAGAUGCGGAGACUGAUGAUCCCAUGAAAGUCAACAGCAAAGACCUGUUUCUCCCCACUCCAUCAGCGAGUGGGAACCCGACCAUGGCUAACAUCAGGUUGCCAGUCUACUCGCUGAAGGAGCGCUCUCUUCAGGUGGUGCGGCUCUUGGUGCGACCAGAGAACUUCAGGAGGUUGGAGAUAGCCCGCUGUCUUCAGGACGAGCUGGAGGACAAACCCGACGCUGGGACAGACCUGAGACGUAUAAACCAGCGAGUCCAGCAGCACCUUCUGGAUACCCUACAGGACCGAGGGACAUGA